CAAUGAACGCAAGGCCCUUCCAUUGCACCAAGAAUUCCGCAGACAAGUAGGCUAAAUUAUCGGCAGACAAGUGCAGUUACAGUUGACAGAGUGGAGAGACGCGUUCCCUUUAAGACCGCUGUACAGCGCUCUCUCCUCGCUCGACCAAGGAGAACCUCUCCUUGUUCCAAAUAAGGAUAUGCUAGCCCAGCCUUAAAGGGGCGGGGGGCGCCAGCGAUACAAACUUGAGGAGGCAGUUUUCUAUUUGGAAGGCAGCGCACCGUCCGGAGGUAACCAGAAUCCAACGGCACCGAGGCGCGAUCAACCCGAGCUUGGAUGAAACGUUAAGGGGAAGGACGCAAACCGGCAGUGGCAGCCAAAGAGAAGCACUGACACUAUUUGGAAUCGGGAGAGAGCGAGGUAGCGAGAUCGCAGUCAACGGGGUCGCGUUGGAUUAGCUUAUUCUGACAGUUGAACAGAUGUUGGGUUAUUUGAGUAGCACGCAGACUGGCCAUGUGAAUAGUAGCCUAUUGCAAAAUUAACCUGGACAGACAACAGAAAGAAGGCGUUGCAGUGGCGUUCGUGUGUUUAUACACACCGAUAAUAGAGAAGUUCUCAACAUCCGAACAUCUGGAUUUAUGAAGCGAAUACACCUGUCCUGUAUAGGAGCGUGAACGCAGUUUACAUGAAAACCAUUCAGGUGAAAUGGUGAAGGAUCUCAGGAUACAUUUGGAAUCAUCUUUGGACACCCUUGAAAAGGAAACAUACGCUUUUACUCAUUUAUAUAUGCCAUUGAUUUAUAUCCAGAAUUCUGAUUCAAUUGUCUAAAACAGGACUACAUUUAACAAAUAGAAUAGGCUAUAAAUGGUAUCAUUAUUAUUAGUAGGACUGGACUUUGCAAGACAAGGAAUUUACUCAUCGACUGUCUCGCUAGGUGACUCACUGUGAGAAAUAGACUCGCCAGCUGGAACCAAUAACCAACUCUACAAAGUGACACAUUUGGAUACUUGCCGGUGCUCUACAGUAGCCUACGUGCAUGUGUGUGUCUUUAACGAGGGGGGAUACACCGACCGGACUACGGUAACGCGAGCUGUCCGCGAGCGGGCGGCCGUCCCCGCGCGCCUUCAUAAUAAAUGCCCAUCAGCCGGUCGUGCGAGGCUCUCGAGGCUGGGCGGCAAGAUGAACUCGUGGGUCCUGCUGCUGGCGGCGCUCGCCGCGGGGUGUCUGCGGUUUGGAAGCGCUGAGGGAGAUCCUCUUCCACUAUCGUUAGUAGAGCUGGUGAGAACCAGUCCCAUCUCCUCUAUAGAGGACCUGCAACAGCUGCUGGAGCAAGAGACUGACUCCCAGGAGGUGGAGCCAGAUGAACCAUCGGCCAAUGAGAUUCAUUCAAAUGACACCCGUGGAAGAUACAGGAGAAACCUAGAUGCCCAGCCAGCCCAGCAGGCGGUGUGUAAGGUCAGGACAGAGGUCAUGGAGGUCACCAGAGCCAUGCUUGACCGACGCAACGCCAACUUCCUGUUGUGGCCGCCGUGUGUGGAGGUGCAGCGCUGCUCUGGCUGCUGUAACACCCGAAUGCUACAGUGCGUCCCCACGGUUACUCAGACACGAUAUCUACAGGUAACAAGGAUCCAGUACAUCGAUAAGAGACCCCACUACGACAAGGCGGUGAUCUCAGUGGAAGACCACGCCUCCUGCCGCUGCCAGACACACCCCUCGGCCACAGCUGCAGCCAGGUCCACCUCCCUUCCCCUCCUCCCCCCGACUCACCCCCAAACCCCUUCCCUCUCCAAGGAAGACCUCCAUCGCCAUGACAAUAUGAAGGCCAAUCAGAGGUUCCAUGUGUAUGACAGGGGGCAGCUGGAGAGACAGUGGCAGGACAAGUAUAGCCUGUCACACACACAGCCACGGACACACACACAGACACACCCAAUGGCAGGGGCAGGGACGCAGGUAGUGACACACACACAGCCACACACACACACACAGACACACCCAAUGGCAGGGUCAGGGACGCAGGUAGGGACACACACACAGCCACAGACACACACACAGACACACCCAAUGGCAGGGUCAGAGACGCAGGUAGGGACACACACAGACACACACACACAGAUGGGUCCCUCUCAUGAGCUCCCUAUAGGGCAUGGCAGUGGGUAUGAGGGGGGGAGAGGGGAGGAGAGAGGGUCACAAACACCUCACCGCACACACACUGACACACAGCCCAACACAGGAGAGAGGCAACACAUUGACAACACAGAGAGAACACAGGAGAUAGGAAGACAGCAACAACUACAACAGUACUACCAACAACAACAAUAUCUACAACAACAGCGACAAUAUCAACAACAACAACAGCAACAUCAACAACAUCAACAACAACAGUACCAACCAUACAGCCAAGAGCCAGAGCUCAGGACUCAAUACAAACACAACGCUCCCCAAUCCGACAGCAGCGGACCACCUGACACAAAACAACCGGCCAAUCACAAACCAGAACUGGUCCACAGCAACACAGAACCGACCGAUGAUAAUGACUCAAGCACAGAGGUGGCCAAUAGAGACGCUCUAAAGGAUACAGAGGUCACCAGUCAGGGACAGGCAGCGACAGAAGUGACCAAUCACAGAAAGGAGGACGAUAAAGAGCGACACAGCCAGACAGAGCUGUCCAAUCAGGAACAAAGACACUCAGAGUCGACCAAUCAGGGUGACUCUGUCACAGAGGAGGAGAGCAGGAAGAAACUUCUAGAACUCUUACAGAGAGAACUGGGCCAGAAACAACAGCAUCAUCCUCCUCAUCCUCAUCUUCCUCAUCAAGAUCAUCAUCAUCCUCACCAUCGUCAGUCUCGAACACAAACCACCACCACACAAAGACCAGUGCCCCCCACGUUGUCCUCCAGCAGGGCCCCAGGGUGGUCCCCCAGCACCCCGUCCCCUCCCCCCAAGCCCCCGCAGGGCCCGUUCAGACCGGCCCUUCCCCGCGGACGCAGGAGGAGGAAACACCGGAGCCGCAUCAGCAAGGCUGCCCUCCGAACCAUGAUCAUGUAGAGAGAGAUGGCAACUGGGUCGACUGUGUUUGCCGGGCCCACCCAGGGUCGUGUUCAUUAGGCACCAAACGGAAGAAAACGGACUGAAACAGGGACAACAUGGAAUAAACCCUAAUUUCUUGUUUUAUAAAACGUUGUGUGCCCUAAUGAAUAAUGAGGGAUACUGCCUGGCUAUGGAACCUCAGGAUGGACACUGGAGACUGGCCAGCACUUCUGGACUCUACUGCUGGUUAUGGAACCUCAAGAUGGACACUGGAGACUGGGCAGCACUUCUGGACUCUACUGCUGGUUAUGGAACCUCAAGAUGGACACUGGAGACUGGGCAGCACUUCUGGACUCUACUGCUGGUUAUGGAACCUCAAGAUGGACACUGGAGACUGGGCAGCACUUCUGGACUCUACUGCUGGCUAUGCUAACAGACAUUACUGCAGGCUGUGUCAAUCUUUGCACCCCAGAAUGUAGCAUGUAGCAUCUUUCUAUAAAAAAUCUGCUAGCUUUAUUUAAACCGCGAUAUCAAGACAAUGGACAAUUUCAGACAGAGACUCCUUAGAAAGGAGGUAGUUCUGGAUGUUUAACACUGGAAGGAGAGUGAUGUAACCUUUGAAAAAGGAGCCAAGCAAACUACAUCUCCCAUCAGCCAUUGGCUUGUAUAAUUCUAGCCCCGCCUACUUUGAACACUGGCUACUGAUUGGACAGUUAAGGAGGGUGUUCGGCGGAUAUCAUUAGAUUGCUUGCUGCAACAGCCAUUGAUUGGUUGAUUUAGAUGCCAUGGAACACGCCCCUCUCUACAGCUUGACUAUGAUUGGUUGCUGAGAAUAGAACUGAAAUCUUAUUGGCCCAAAAUGGUGCUUGAGGCCAUCUAUUUCUAAGAGACAAUGCAAAGCUUGGAUGUGGAUAUUUUCACUGGAAUGUACUGGGUUGACAAUGGAAACUGUUCUCAGAUAAACAAUGUUAUCCUACUGUUGUAACUGGGAUAACUGUCCUGGGAAUAUGACUGGUGUAACUGGGAUAACUGUCCUGGGAAUAUGACUGGUGUAACUGGGGAUAACUGUCCUGGGAAUAUGACUGGUGUCACUGGGGAUAACUGUCCUGGGAAUAUGACUGGUGUAACUGGGAUAACUGUCCUGGGAAUAUGACUGGUGUCACUGGGGAUAACUGUCCUGGGAAUAUGACUGGUGUAACUAGGAUAACUGUUCUGGGAAUAUGACUGGUGUAACUGGGAUAACUGUCCUGGGAAUAUGACUGGUGUAACUGGGAUAACUGUCCUGGGAAUAUGACUGGUGUAACUGGGGAUAACUGUCCUGGGAAUAUGACUGGUGUAACUGGGGAUAACUGUCCUGGGAAUAUGACUGGUGUAACUGGGAUAACUGUCCUGGGAAUAUGACUGGUGUAACUGGGGAUAACUGUCCUGGGAAUAUGACUGGUGUAACUGGGAUAACUGUCCUGGGAAUAUGACUGGUGUAACUGGGGAUAACUGUCCUGGGAAUAUGACUGGUGUAACUGGGAUAACUGUCCUGGGAAUAUGACUGGUGUCACUGGGGAUAACUGUCCUGGGAAUAUGACUGGUGUAACUGUGGAUAACUGUCCUGGGAAUAUGACUGGUGUAACUGGGGAUAACUGUCCUGGGAAUAUGACUGGUGUAACUGGGAUAACUGUCCUGGGAAUAUGACUGGUGUCACUGGGGAUAACUGUCCAGGGAAUAUGACUGGUGUAACUGGGGAUAACUGUCCUGGGAAUAUGACUGGUGUCACUGGGGUUAACUGUCCAGGGAAUAUGACUGGUGUAACUGGGGAUAACUGUCCUGGGAAUAUGACUGGUGUAACUGGGAUAACUGUCCUGGGAAUAUGACUGGUGUAACUGGGAUAACUGUCCUGGGAAUAUGACUGGUGUAACUGGGGAUAACUGUCCUGGGAAUAUGACUGGUGUAACUGGGGAUAACAUGAGUAAAGUGGGAUAGAACAUAUGGAUAGUGAAGCACUGAAAGGAGAAGCUCGGUGUAGGGGGAAUGCACCCUUAGACACUGAUCUUGGGUCAGUUUAGCAUUUUCCUUGCUAAUGGUUAAUGUUAGAUUUGGUGGAGGGGAAGCUGAUCUUAGAUCUGGAGCGAGAAGCUCAGGACAUCACACACACACACACAGAGACAUGUCAUUUCUACUACUACAGUAUCUUUCAAUGUUCUGUCUACAUCUGGAUCUAACCAAUCCAAACACUGGAGUAGUUACACACUGGAGCGCAGAUAGAACUAGAAAACAUAGAGGGAGAAGUAGAGGGAGCGUAUAGAGAGCAUUUAAAUAGAACAGUUCUAGUUGUCCUAUAUCUAUUACAGAGAAAAGCAGGUAUAGAACUGGAAAACAGAGUGAAAACAUAGGAGUGUUUUGUUGAAGAGAUGUUGAACAGGUCUAGCUGUUCUCUCUUUGAUAGAGAGAAGCAGAAAUAGAACUGUAAAACCUAGAUUGAAGGACAGCAUUUUUGCACUGGGAGAGCAGAGAAAGGAACAUAUGCCAAACGUCGCCAUAGUCACCAUAGCAGGAGGCCAUAGACUACUCAGAUGACAGACACUCAACACUCAACAUCCAACACUGACUCUAUACCUUAGAUGUUUCAACUUUUUCAACAUAGCCUGGAAUGUGUGGCGGAAAUAUUUCAAGGGAAUUGUUGCUCAGUAGGUCUUCAACGUCGCCUGGGGAGUUGUGUGUUUCAGCUGUAGGGAAGUCUGUUGUCUUUGUCUUGCCAAACACGGAAGCAACAAUGUAGCGUUGUUGACUGACUCAACAGUCAAACACCCAGGUUACAAUAAGGAACUGGAGAUUUUACUGUAUAUCAGGAGAAUUGAACUCUGACCCUACGAGGUCCAGAGCCUGCUGCUUUUCUGUUCUCCCUGGUAAUGAAUUGCAGCCACCCCAGGUAUAAGUCAGUCCCUGGUUAGUGGGGAACAAUGAAAAAAAGCAGGGGGACUGGCUUUGAGGGUCCGGAUUUGAAUUUGAGGGCUGUAGGUCAUUCAUUGUGCCAUAGUGGUUAUGUCUCUCUCUUCCCCAUCCUGAGACUAGAGCAGGGCUGUCAGCAUCAGUUCCCUGGAAGGCUGUAGGUCAUUCAUUGUGCCAUAGUGGUUAUGUCUCUCUCUUCCCCAUCCUGAGACUAGAGCAGGGCUGUCAGCAUCAGUUCCCUGGAAGGCUGUAGGUCAUUCAUUAUGCCAUAGUGGUUAUGUCUCUCUCUUCCCCAUCCUGAGACUAGAGCAGGGCUGUCAGCAUCAGUUCCCUGGAAGGCUGUAGGUCAUUCAUUAUGCCAUAGUGGUUAUGUCUCUCUCUUCCCCAUCCUGAGACUAGAGCAGGGCUGUCAGCAUCAGUUCCCUGGAAGGCUGUAGAUCAUUCAUUAUGCCAUAGUGGUUAUGUCUCUCUCUUCCCCAUCCUGAGACUAGAGCAGGGAUGUCAGCAUCAGUUCCCUGGAAGGCUGUAGGUCAUUCAUUGUGCCAUAGUGGUUAUGUCUCUCUCUUCCCCAUCCUGAGACUAGAGCAGGGCUGUCAGCAUCAGUUCCCUGGAAGGCUGUAGGUCAUUCAUUGUGCCAUAGUGGUUAUGUCUCUCUCUUCCCCAUCCUGAGACUAGAGCAGGGCUGUCAGCAUCAGUUCCCUGGAAGGCUGUAGGUCAUUCAUUAUGCCAUAGUGGUUAUGUCUCUCUCUUCCCCAUCCUGAGACUAGAGCAGGGCUGUCAGCAUCAGUUCCCUGGAAGGCUGUAGGUCUUCUGGUUUUUCUCAUGUUCCCUUUCAUUUGUGUCCAUUUAAGAUCUAGACAACCAGCUAAAGGGAAUUUCCUUACUGGUGACCUUAAUUAAUCAUUCAAGUAGAAGGGAGAACUGAAAACCCGCAGCCACUCGGCCCUCCAGGAAUUGAGUUUGUCACCCCCUGGACUACCCCAGGUAUCAGGCUAGAAAUAAGACUAGCUUAGGCAGUAUGUCUCAAUCCUGGUCCUAGCACUCUAGAACCAGGAUGGAGAACCACUGAGCUAAGGGAUUGGGGACAGCCAUCACCGAGGGAGGAAUAGAAUCUGUGAUGGGAUGCUUUGAAAAACAAUGUCAAUCUUUUUGGAAUGGCUCUGAGAGAUAAAUGUUAUCCAACACUGUAUGUACUGUACAUGAUUUAAACAUGGUGUUUUUUUUUAUUUCUUAACUUAUUUCAGAUGGAGGAUGUGUCAUUCUCUGGUUCCUAAGUGUAAUUAUUGUUGCUGAUGAUAAUUAUUGUUGUUGUAUAUUGUUAUUGUUAAUGAAUGCUAUUUUUAAUAUAAACAUAAAGGCCAGAAUUAUAUUAAUAUAA